GUACAUCCAUACGCAAAGAUAGCACUGAGCGUGUUGUCCGGAGCGGCAAAAAUAAUUCUUACUCAAGCAUCUCGCGAUAAAGCGGUAUUCAGCCUUCUCAAGAAGUUGGGUGAUGUUUAUCGUUGCAUCUCAGACUACAAGAGGCUUAGCCAGAUUUCUUCGAUGCAUGAGACGGUCCUUGGAAUUAUUUCACAACAGAUCCUUGAGUGUGCCCAAUUUAUCAGAGAUUAUGCGAAGAUCAAGAGCUAUUGUAAGUCCUUA